AUUAGUCUAUAGCUCACUGAAAAUGAUUUAUUUAUUUUCGGUUUUGGGCUGGGCGAUGUGAUAUUUAUUCGCUAUAUAAGACUCAGUCGAAGAUCACACCGAUCACACUCGCUAAAAACAUUUCGUUGAGAUCGCAUCUAAGUGAAUAUAUAUAUUUUUAUUUUAUCUAUUUAUUUCGCUUGUCUAUUCGGGAAAAAAAACUAAUCGCCAUCAAAAUGAAUCAGAAAAUAUGCAUCGCCGUUUUGUUCGUUACAUUUUGUUUGUGCUUGACCAGUGCAUUGCCAACCUAUGGUUUGUCAUUUGGUUUGGGACAACAAUAUCCAAGAAGUUUUGGAUUUGGUAACCCAUACGCUGGCUCAAUCGGAGGCGUAGCAUCUGUCGAUCCAGUUUAUUCAAAUGGCUUCGGCAAUGAAUAUGGAUCAAGAUACGGCUCAUACAGCGCAUCUCCUUACAAUCGCUAUGGUGGAUAUGGCGCUAGUGGAUACGGUGCAAGCGGAUAUGGUGGAAGUGGAUAUGGUGGCGUUGGAGUUGGUGCCGUUGGAGCCGGAUUUGAAUACUAAUUAUUCGCAUACUUUUAAUUUCAAAAUCAACCAUUUUUCGAUCUUAUUUAAUUUAAUAAAGUGAUCAUUUUGUAAUUCAAUCAAA